CAUCUUCCACCCAACAUAGUUUCUCUCACGUUGUCCGCAACCCGCGAUGCUCCCAUGUCUACUACUGCCGACGCACAUACUGCAUGCACACGCUAUCUACGCGAGAUUCUAGGCGGCGAUGCUGAUAAUUUCAUUACAGACAUCCAGCGCGUUGCCAACGUCUGCACUAAGAGUAACAUACAGCGAUGUACAGCUUUCAUAUUGUCCAACAUCAUCACGUCCACUGCUAAAAGCACGGCUUUGGCUCGAUACAUCUUAUCUCUAAGCCAGUCCUUCUCGCCACGCGAGCUCGGCAAGCGGAUUGAUACCACUCAGCCUGACGACGCGAAUACGGGACUGGGCACAAACAACAAUGGCAGAAUUCAGCAGCCUCCACAGCCGCAUCUCAAGCGACUACACCUCUUGUAUCUGGUCAGUGAUGCUCUCUGUGCAGGUCACCGUAUAUCCCUCUUGAUGAAAGCGAGCACCGCCGACGGUGGAGCAGGCCUCCAGAUGCAAGGACUUGUUUCGUUCCAGCAGUACUUGCCAGCGCUGGCUGCCCUCGCCACUUACGCCGGCAAUGAACAGUCCGCUAGCAAUUAUCUUCAAGUCGUGUCAAUCCUCAAAAUCUGGCAUGACGGGGAGAUUGUGUCUGAAGCUGAGGUUGUCGCAACGCACGAACAUGUUCUCCGAGCGCAUCGCAAUACCGCAACAUGGGACGGGUUGACUGAAGGGAUUACCGCAGAGGACUCGCAGCCGAAUAGCAAGACGUUACCAGGAACCAGAGACACAAAAGCCAUCCUUCCAGCUCGCCAUGGUGUUCCUAACGAUCCUACUGCACCAUGGCACGAGCUCCCCGCCGCUAACGGAUUGUACAUGAAACGUACAAGAGGCUACCCGCUCAGAGCAGCGGCAUUGCCGGUCGGCGGAUACGAGCUUCACGAUCGGCACGAGGGUGGAGAAGCACUGGACGCAGGGUUGGAGACUGAUGUUGAAGCUUUGCACGGGGAGAUUCUCCGUGCUUUCGACAAGUAUACCAACGCAGAAGACGUACAGGAUGUAGAUGCCUUGGGAAAUGUUCUCUGGAAGGAUCCUGACCGGCCGACGCGCAACUACUGGGGUUGGUCUCUAGACGGUAUCGACAGAAUGAAAGCGGUAGCGAAGCGAGACAAGGACGCUGCGAUUGGUUAUGCCGACGUGCCCAUUCGGCCAAUGCAAGAGGCUAACGCGGAGGUCGAUCGUGCCAGAGCAAUGGCGUCUGAGCGUGGUGGUGGACGAGCUCGUGGAGGAGGUAGGCCUGGGUGGCGCGGCGGACGGCGUUGGUGAUGGUGAUAUUCCACGCCAUGUCAUUCUUUGACAACAGGCGAAGCCUUGAGUCACGAAAAGCAUGGCUCCGAGUUCGCAUAUCCAAGCCGGUUCAAUUCUUAUAUUGCAAAUCCUUAGCGCUUGUCAGCCGGAGCUGCGCCAUGCAUAGCGCCAACUCCCGUGGCAAUCUAACUGCAUCCACAGCAGGAUGUCAUCGAUACCAUCUACAAGCCUCGCUUUCCGCGUCUACAAAAUAACCAGCGCAGUUGCAUGCCGCGCAAGCCGCAUGUCAGGAGCUAAUGUCCAUUUCUGACAUGACCGACGCGGUUGGGUCGAGAGGCAUAUCAGUAUGGGUGCCCGUGUGGCCUCGUCUGGCUUCGCGAAGACAUAGACCCCAUUCGUUCGCGACUAUUCUGUUCGCACGGGAAGUGCUCCGUCUGUUCCCGGUAUCGCCUUCUUACCUCGACAUCCGCAGCGGCG